UCGAGGGCACCCUAUCAAUUCGUCAACCAACGCCCCUGGAAAGCCGGACAUCUCGUUGCAAAAGUGGAAUUCAUGGAAUAAGCGGUAGUUACAACAAUUGUGAAACGCUUCUCUUGCCAAGUUUCAAGGGAGAUCUAAACCGUUCAAACUCAAUUACCGGAAUUCCACUGCAGCGGAAAACCUCAAAACGUACAAAAUUUUGUAGCCUGGCACAAUGCAAACCAUAAAGUGUGUUGUAGUUGGCGAUGGAGCUGUGGGAAAAACAUGUUUAUUGAUUUCCUAUACGACAAAUAAAUUUCCAAGUGAAUAUGUACCCACGGUGUUUGAUAACUAUGCUGUUACAGUUAUGAUUGGUGGUGAGCCAUAUACAUUAGGAUUGUUUGACACAGCAGGUCAAGAAGAUUAUGAUAGACUGAGGCCGUUAUCCUACCCUCAGACAGACGUCUUUCUUGUGUGUUUUUCUGUAGUGUCACCUUCUUCAUUUGAAAAUGUUAAAGAAAAGUGGGUACCAGAGAUUACUCAUCACUGUCCAAAGACUCCUUUUCUUCUUGUUGGUACACAAGUUGACUUGCGGGAUGAUGCAGGAACAAUAGAAAAAUUAUCUAAGAACAAGCAGAAACCCAUAACAGUGGAGGGUGCAGAAAAGUUAUCAAGAGAGCUUAGAGCAGUGAAAUAUGUGGAGUGCUCUGCAUUAACGCAAAAAGGCUUGAAAAAUGUGUUUGAUGAGGCAAUCUUAGCUGCCUUAGAACCUCCUGAGCAACCCAAGAAGAAAAAGUGUAUUUUACUUUGAGAGAAAAAUUGUGAAAUUGGGACAGAAAACUUGUUAAUGAUCUUGAUUCAGAUGGACAAGAUUUUGAUUGUCCAUACACAAGAGACAAUACUUGUUCAGAACUGAAAUUCUUGAAGUGUGGAUAGAGUCUAUUAAACAGAACAAAAUAGCUGUAUAGGGUUCUCCUAGCAAACAAUUAAAGACGAACGGAAUAUGCUUUGUUUGCCAGAAAUGUUUAGAGUAAGGUGAGAGAAGAAUGGCUACUAUGGCAUGACCUCAAUUUUUACAAGGGCUACUGGUUCCUUGAUGGAAUCUUUUGUUCAACUUCAUUUAAAUCUGCUUAACUGUUGAUAUAAUAAUAUUUUAUGCUGCUGAUAAAUAGUGAUAACAUGUCAUUCUUAAGUAAGGACAUAAUUUUUUGUGGUCUUGUGGUUGGAAAGGAUGAAUGAAAUCAGACAACCAGGGUACUAUGUGAAAACCUUUAAAACAUUCAUAAAAGUUUAUUCGGCUUUUUGCGCUAUAUGUACUUCUACAAGUAGGAAGAAUUUGCAGAAUCUCUUGCAAGGUCCAUUAAUUAUUACUUUCUGAUCAAUAGUUAGUUGUUGACUAAUUUCUGAAAUGAGUUUGGUUCUCUUGCUGUUGCCCUAUUGUAGGGCAAUUUUCAGCUGGGUGUCAAAAGUUCGUCCAAAAUAUAAUGCUACUGGUCUGAAAAAUUUAGCCACCUCCUCAAGCAGUCAAGCCAAGACUAAUAACCUGUUACCAAUCUUUUACUAAGAGUUUUCAAUGGCUGAAUGUGAUGUCGAUCUUUGUUAUGAUUUCUCAUCAUGAUUACUUUGGUUUUGGUUUUUAUGACAUUUGGUGGAAAUGUGUACCAUCAUGAGAUAAGAACUAGUAAUUCUAUAUAACGUUUUUGUCUAUAAAGGAGAUGCUUUAAUAAUGCAAUUAAUGCUGCACUUUUGGAAAUAUUUGAGCAAUGUUCCUAGUUAUUGUGAAAUAUAUUAUUUUGACUUCUGACACAUUGGAACUAGUGCAGUAUGGUGUGAUUUUCCUGAUUAAUUUAACAGUAAAAAGAUUAGAUUGUGAGCUUAUGCCUUCUCUCAGAGAGAAUGAUUUAGAGUCUGCAUCAAGCAUAAUUUGUUUUGUUAGAAUUGCUACAAAGAUUCUUAAUACACAAAGAAAGCUACUUCCUUGUAUUUCAUACUUUUCUUUCUCCUUGAGGUCUGCAAGUGUAACUCUACUGCAAUGAGAAGAAAUUUGUCUUGCACAA